AUGGAGGAUGUGAAUAUGGGAGAAGCGGAUGAAGGAAUUCAUGCGCAAAUGAAUGCCAUUCCACAUCAGACCCCUAACCAACAGGGAAAUGGUCAAUCGUUUAGAGAUAUGCUAAAGGGGUUAUCAAAUAAGGAAUCCAACUCCCAAACUAUCGUCUCUUUAGAAGAUGAUGAUGAAGAUGAGAUUUCUGAUGUUGAGGACAUCUCAGAAGACAUCCUGAAUGAUGAUAGGUGCCCUCUCAUUCAGUUGUCGAAGGAGGAAAAGAAGAUGCUAAGGAAACCAUGGAAGGACUCUUUAAUCAUUAAGAUGUUCAGUGGUAGAUUGGGUUACAUGGGAUUAAUGAGACGACUGAAAAAGAAGUGGAAUAUCAAGGGAGAGCUUGCGCUCACUGACAUUGGAUGUGAUUUCUACAUUUCUAGAUUCACAAAUUCUGCGUAUUAUAAUUAUGUUUUGACACAAGGACCUUGGCUCCUAGAUGACAACUACCUUACAAUCAAAAAGUGGAUACCAAAUAUUUUGUCUGAUGAAGCUCCAAUUAAAGUGCUAACAUCUUGGGUGCGUAUACCAAACUUGCCCAUUGAGUACUUCGAUAUUAAUUUUCUGAACAAUAUUGGCACAAAGAUAGGAAAGAUUCUUCGAGUAGACAAAACAACUGCGCAAGCUGAGAGGGGUCAAUUCACACGGCUUAGUGUGGAAAUCGAUCUAUCGUAA